CCUGCAAAUACCACCCAAGUCCGCCAAUCCCUUUUCAACCUCCAAUACUAAACAGACGACUCCUGGAAAUUAAAUCUCUGGCUUUUCGAUUGCGAAACCGUCAUUUUAUACCAAUUUCAAUUAUUCAACCUUAUUACCAUUGUUGAGUAGAAACUAGGCAACCUCGCGAAAAUGUCGUGGGCAGGAUUCAAGAAGAAUGUCAAUCGCGCAACGACGCAGGUGAUGAUGAAGACAGGCCAUGUCGAGAAAACGAACGAUCGCGAUUACGAGGUCGAAGAGAGACGAUUUAAGACAAUGGAGGCUGCUUCACUACGUCUUCAGAAGGAAGCAAGAGGAUACCUAGAUUCGAUACGAGCCAUGACCGCUUCGCAGAUGCGCAUAGCCGAGACAAUAGAUGCAUUUUAUGGUGACGCUGGAGCUAAGGACGGCGUCAGCCGGAGUUAUAAACAAGCUGUGGAGGACCUAGAUUCCGAAACCAUAAAAGCUCUUGACGGUCCCUAUAGAACAACGGUCUUGGAGCCCAUCACCAAAUUCUGCGCAUAUUUCCCUGACGUUAACGAAUGUAUCAAGAAACGUGGCCAUAAACUUCUAGACUACGAUGCGCUACGGGCGAAGGUCAAAAAGCUAGCCGAGAAGCCUGACAAGGAUGUCACGAAACUCCCACGCACUGAGAAGGAGAUGGAAAUCGCAAGGGCCGCGUACGAACAGCUCAACGAGCAGCUAUCCACUGAACUACCUCAACUCAUCGACCUCCGAGUACCAUAUCUCGACCCCAGCUUCGAAGCGCUCGUCAAGAUUCAACUUCGGUUCUGUGCCGAGGCAUACAGCAGGAUGGCGCAAGUCCAACAAUACCUAGACGCGGACACUAGGGAGCAGUACGCUCAAGGUGAUUUGGACUCAAGGGUGGAACAGGUACUGCAAGAGAUUCGGGAACUUAGUAUCAGCGGGACAGUUUAAGGGAGAGUGCAUUCGCGGAGUUAAAAAUGGCUUUUAUAAGGUGUGGUAAUUCUGGUAUGGGUUGGCAUUCUCACAGGUAGGCUUCGGACGAACCGCGCUACACGAUUCACGGGUUCAUGUUAGAUAUUGACAGGGAUGAUGGUCUUGCGAAUAGCAGCCGAGUAUAUUUGAGAC